CAUGGCCAGGGGGCGGGACCGGAAGCGUGUUCACUGUCUUCCGCGGCUUUCCUCUGGGUCGCCGCCAUCUUGCCAUUGCGUUGUAGCCUUCGUGUGUGGAGCUUAACCUUGCCGCCGUACCGGUUGUCGCCCUGAGGCGGACUGGCAGCCCUGAGCGUCGCAGUCAUGCCGGCCGGACCCGUGCAGGCGGUGCCUCCGCCGCCGCCAGUAGCCACUGAGCCCAAACAGCCAGUUGAAGAAGAAGCAUCGUCAAAGGAGGAAUCCACACCUUCCAAGCCAGUGGUAGGGAUUAUUUACCCUCCUCCGGAGGUCAGGAAUAUCGUUGACAAGACUGCCAGUUUUGUGGCCAGAAAUGGGCCUGAAUUUGAAGCCAGGAUUCGACAGAAUGAGAUCAACAACCCCAAGUUCAACUUCUUAAAUCCUAAUGACCCUUACCAUGCUUACUACCGCCACAAGGUCAGCGAGUUUAAGGAGGGGAAGGCUCAGGAACCCUCAGCUGCCAUCCCCAAGGUUAUGCAGCAGCAGCAGCAAGCCACCCAACAACAGCUGCCCCAGAAGGUCCAAGCCCAGGUGAUCCAAGAGACCAUAGUACCGAAGGAGCCCCCUCCUGAGUUUGAGUUCAUCGCUGAUCCCCCCUCCAUCUCAGCCUUUGACCUGGAUGUAGUGAAGCUCACAGCUCAGUUUGUGGCCAGGAAUGGGCGCCAGUUUCUGACGCAGCUGAUGCAGAAGGAGCAGCGCAACUACCAGUUUGACUUUCUCCGCCCACAGCACAGCCUCUUCAACUACUUCACAAAGCUGGUGGAGCAGUAUACCAAGAUCUUGAUUCCACCCAAAGGCUUAUUUGCAAAGCUCAAGAAAGAAGCUGAAAAUCCUCGAGAAGUAUUGGACCAGGUGUGUUACCGAGUAGAAUGGGCCAAAUUCCAGGAACGUGAGAGAAAGAAGGAAGAAGAAGAGAAAGAGAAGGAACGAGUGGCCUAUGCUCAGAUCGACUGGCAUGAUUUUGUGGUGGUGGAGACUGUGGAUUUCCAACCCAAUGAGCAAGGGAACUUCCCACCGCCAACAACACCAGAGGAACUGGGAGCCCGAAUCCUCAUUCAAGAGCGCUAUGAGAAGUUUGGGGAGAGCGAGGAGGUGGAGAUGGAGGUUGAGUCUGAUGAGGAAGAUGAGAAGCAGGAAAAGGCUGAGGAGCCUCCUUCCCAGCUGGACCAGGAUACUCAAGUACAGGACAUGGAUGAGGGUUCAGACGAUGAGGAAGAAGGACAGAAAGUGCCUCCACCCCCAGAGACACCCAUGCCUCCGCCUUUGCCCCCAACUCCAGACCAAGUCAUUGUGCGAAAGGACUAUGAUCCCAAAGCUUCCAAGCCCCUUCCUCCAGCUCCUGCUCCUGAUGAGUAUCUUGUAUCCCCCAUCACUGGGGAGAAGAUUCCUGCCAGCAAGAUGCAAGAACACAUGCGUAUUGGGCUUCUUGACCCCCGCUGGCUGGAGCAGCGCGAUCGCUCUAUCCGAGAGAAACAGAGUGAUGAUGAGGUUUACGCACCAGGUCUGGAUAUUGAGAGCAGCUUAAAGCAGUUGGCUGAACGCCGUACUGAUAUCUUUGGGGUAGAAGAAACAGCCAUUGGUAAGAAGAUUGGUGAAGAGGAGAUCCAGAAGCCAGAAGAAAAGGUGACUUGGGAUGGCCAUUCAGGCAGCAUGGCCCGGACCCAGCAGGCUGCCCAGGCCAACAUCACCCUCCAGGAGCAGAUUGAGGCCAUCCAUAAGGCCAAGGGCCUGGUGCCAGAAGAUGACACUAAGGAGAAAAUUGGCCCUAGCAAGCCCAAUGAAAUUCCCCAGCAGCCCCCACCUCCAUCUUCAGCCACCAACAUCCCCAGCUCAGCACCCCCCAUCACAUCAGUGCCCCGGCCACCUGCGAUGCCACCUCCAGUUCGUACCACUGUUGUAUCUGCUGUACCCGUCAUGCCCCGGCCACCUAUGGCAUCUGUGGUCCGGCUGCCCCCAGGCUCCGUGAUCGCCCCCAUGCCACCUAUCAUCCAUGCACCCAGGAUCAAUGUGGUACCUAUGCCUCCUGCUGCACCUCCCAUCAUGGCACCCCGCCCACCUCCCAUGAUUGUGCCAACAGCCUUUGUGCCUGCCCCGCCUGUGGCUCCGGUCCCAGCCCCAGCCCCAAUGCCUCCUGUACACCCCCCACCUCCUAUGGAAGAUGAGCCUCCAUCCAAGAAACUAAAGACCGAGGACAGCCUCAUGCCUGAGGAAGAGUUCCUGCGCAGGAACAAGGGUCCAGUGUCCAUCAAAGUGCAGGUACCCAACAUGCAGGAUAAGACGGAAUGGAAGCUGAAUGGGCAGGGGCUGGUCUUCACUCUCCCACUCACAGACCAGGUCUCUGUCAUCAAAGUGAAGAUUCAUGAGGCCACAGGCAUGCCUGCAGGGAAGCAGAAACUACAGUAUGAAGGCAUUUUCAUCAAGGAUUCCAACUCCCUGGCUUACUACAACAUGGCCAGUGGUGCUGUCAUCCACUUGGCUCUCAAGGAGAGAGGCGGCAGGAAGAAGUAGUGAGACAUACCUACAGUUGGCCUCCUGCCUUGGACCUCCUCUUUCACCGCCAUUUCAGGAGCUUCUCGGGGACCUCGGGCACAACCUGUGCAUCUGUUUCCUUCUUAAUCAGUUUGAGAUUCACCUUGUCCUUAGGAGAGUUGUUGCCCACUAUCUAACCUGACAUGGGUAAGAAUAGCAGAGCUUUCUAAGCCAGUCUGUGGAAUGAUUUCUUGUUAGGUUCUGGAUUGGAGGUCCUUCAGGAAGCCCAUUAGGAAUUAAAAACCCAGGGCUUUUCUACAAGAUAAUUUCAUAGCGCCAAGUGACCGCUUGGUUGAUAGAAUAUGGUUACUGUCAUUCAUCAUUUUGUAUCAUGCUUGGUCUCUCUAAUAAACCUCUUGAAACCAGGCAUAAUACAUGCAUGCCUGUAAUCUUGGGACUUGGGAGGUACAGGCAGGAGAAUUAGAUGUUCAAAGUUAGCCUCAGCCAUAAAGCUUGAGGCCAGCCUGGGCUGUGUAAGAUACUGUGUUAAACAAGUAUUUUUAAAAUUAAAAACAUAACACCUCUUGGA